AUGUCAAAUAUUAUAAGUAGUAGUAAAAAGAUUGGUAUUGUAGGAGGAGGAAUAUCAGGGUUAUCAUGUUACCAUUAUUUAACAAAAUCUUUGAAUAGGUUAAACAAUAACAAGGGUAAUAUACAUGCUGAUAUUCAUCUAUACGAAGCAAAGGAUAGAACCGGUGGAUGGAUACAAUCAUUUGCAGUACCCCAAAACAACAAUAAUAAUAAUACAUAUGUAUUGGAAAAGGGACCAAGAAGUUUACGUGCAGCAGGUAAUGGUAAACAUACAUUGGAUCUAGUGUCUGAGUUGAGAUUAGAUAACAAGGUUAUAUUUGCAAGUGGGUCGUCAAAGACUAGAUACCUAUUAUUGGAUGGAAAGAUUCAAAAGAUGCCACAGUCAUUCUCAGAGGCCAUGUCAUUUAGUUAUCAACAUGGUCUAUUUGGUGCAUUCUUUGGUGAACCAAUUAAAGGCAAGAGAGAUGCUAGUUUAUCGGAUGAAUCGGUACAAUCAUUCUUUGAACGUCGGUUUGGAAAGACUGUUGCACAAUCUUUUAUUGAACCUCUGACACUUGGUAUCUUUGGUGGUGACUAUUCAACAUUGUCGAUCAAAUCGUGUUUUCCAUCAAUGGAAAAGAUAGAGUCAAAGUAUGGGUCGUUGAUAAAGGGUAAUUUACUACAGUCACUGAGUAGCGACAAGACAAAGCAACAAGAGGCAGACCAAGAACAAUGUAAACUGUCUCACGACGCAGUUCGUAGAGUCAAGAGUAUCAUGAGUAAGGAUGUUCAAGCAAGUGGAGUAUUCUCAUUUCAAGAUGGUCUAUCUACUCUGACAAUGUCGUUGGAGCAAUCGAUUGCAGGUAAUCGGUUGGCAAAGAAUAGUGCAUUGGAAAAGGUUACCUACAAAAACGGUCAUUUUUCAUUGACCUUUAACGGUCAACCAAACAAACAAGUAGAUACUGAUAUACUAGUAUCAACAACUCCAUUUUAUGCACUUGGUAAUGCAUUUACACAACAAGAUCCAAUCCUUUCACAGUUAUUGUUGGAACAAGAGUAUUCAAACAUUGCAGUCAUCAACUUUGUAUUUAAUGACCUAUCGGUCAGAGAAAAGGUUAAACAUUUUGGAUUUGGUUAUCUCAUUCCAUCAAAGGAGAAUCAACCUGUACUCGGUGUAGCAAUCGAUAGUAACACAUUUCCACAAUUUAUCAAAGGUGAUCAACAACAACAACAAGAAUCAACCAUUUUAACAGUUAUGAUUGGUGGUAAUAGUAGAGUUGCCAAACGUAACGCAUCAUGGAUCGAUGUUUCCAAAUCAAAUGAUCAACAAUUAAUCGAAAUAGCAGCCAAUCAUUUACAACAAUUCCUUGGUAUCGAUUACAGACAAUCGGCAAUCUACACACAAUCAAAUGUUUGUCGUCAAGCCAUUCCACACUAUUCAGUCGGUCAUUCCUCAUUGAUCGACCGAAUCAAUCAACAUGUAGAAAAAACCUACAACCAUUCUCUAUUCAUUGGCGGUAAUUCUUUAAUUGGAGUUGGUGUCAACGAUGCCAUUUAUAAUUCAAAAUUAUUAUCAAAUAAUUUAAUUCAAAAACAAUUUAAUAAAUAA